UACACCCAAAUCGCUCGAUAUAUAAACGAUGUUGGGCUGUGGAUCUGUGUUGCUUUCACGGCGAAGGAAGACAGACAUGCUUGGAUUCACUGUCAAGCUUUUCGCGGUAUUCUUGGCAUGUCCGGAGUUCUCAGUGACUCCUGUCAGUGGCAACAUACCUUGCGAUUGUCCAGACUGCCGAUGGUGCGACGUAUACGACCGUAUCAAGAUUAAUGACACGUUGCUUAGCUGCAGCUACUUCUGCGAUCUCGCUCAAGCCAUUUCGUGCUACGAGACAGAGCCUGUGGGAUCAUCUUGUUACAUGUUCGGUGUUCAUACUAGGAACGGCGCAUGUGUCAAUGGAAAUUGUAUUCCAAUCCCAGAGGCAAUGGAAUACUUCAAGAAAAACACGCCCAACAGAACUCCGGCUUGCAAGGCAGGCCAUGACUAUUUAUAUGACACGUACGGACCUUUCGGCUGCAAAUAUUACUGUCUUGAUGGGACUCAUGCCAACCGCAUCGACGGCACAGUGUGCCAGAUGCCACAAACUGCCAAGAAGAGCACAUGUGACUCAGAAGGCUCCUGUACAGGCAUCGUAUGGAUAAGCGUGUAGUAUCCCGGAGUGGAAGUUCGGAGAUCUUUGGGAUAUACGUGAGAAGCCCAAGGAUGUCAAUGGGUCACCCAGGAGACCUUAUUUUAUCUCUGAUGUAAUGUCGCAUUAGUGUCCUCAGGUUAUACAAUUCUCAAUAAAGGGAUGCCCGCAGGACAUUAGUACAGA